AUUGUCGGUACAACGAUAACGCGUCGAUGUUUAUGUUUUCAGUUAAAAUUUAUUUAAAAAAGUCUACUUUUUUGGUCCUCUUGGAGUAUUAAUUAUAAAUGUUAUAACCUUAUGUCAAUUAAUAAUAGACCAAAAUUGUAUGCUAUUUGUGGUUGUACACUCUGUAUAAAUAAAAAAGUAAUACAGUAAAAGCUUGAUGACCGGCCAAUACUUAUGAAAUAGUUAUGAACCAACCAGUUAAGACGGUGCAUGUGUGGUACUAAAUAUUGUGGUUCUAAUUUUAUGGAUUUUUACAUUAAAUUGUGUUAUUAAGUAACCACUAUGAUCUAAUAAUGUAGUAAGUAUUUGCUGCUACUGACAAAAUUUAACUUACAAUGGAGAACAAUGGAUCAACUGUUAAUAUUUUAAAAGAGAGUCCAGAUUUCAAUCAUAGCAGCAUAGACUUAAGUAAUGACUCUAAAAAUGAAAGCAAAGAAAAAACGAAAACUGUUUUUUCGCCGUUUUUAGACAUAUUAUGCAACAAAUAUGUGAUAAAUAUUGUGAUAUUUGUAAUAAUAACUUCCCAUGCAAUAUGGGCCACAGUAUAUUUUAUAAAAAAUACAGAUUAUUUGGAUUGGGAUGCCUUUAAUGAAACGACACCAAAAGGAUAUGGAUUGAUGGUUAUACUUUAUCUUAUCUAUGUUUAUUCUCUUAUUUACUAUAUCCUAAUAAAACCAUAUAUUUUGCCUAAGACUAGGAAAUUGGUUUGGAUACCUGCAACUGAAGUAUUACGAAAAAUUAGGUAUGGGCCAAUCAUAUUCUACGUAGCAAUAUUAGCAAUUACCUUGGCCUACCUAGGAUAUGACACCCGGGAUAAUCAAAGACGAUUAAUACCAUUACUAGGAUUAGCAGUAUUUUUGGCAACAGGUUUUAUAUUUUCAGCAAAUCAUAGAUAUGUUCCAUGGCAUACAGUAGCCUGGGGUAUAAUCCUGCAAUUCAUAUUUGGAUUUUUAACUAUCAGAUGGGAAAUUGGUAGAAAUGUUUUGGCUACAUUUUCCGAUCACGUAAACACUUUUUUGGAUUAUGGAAUGGAAGCAGCCGCAUUUACUUAUGGCGAUUUUCUUGUGAAUGACCAACAAGUAUUUGCGUUUAGAGCUCUAUCAGUCAUUUUCUUCAUCGGUUUUGUUGUUAAUCUUUUAUACUAUUAUGGUCUUAUGCAAAAGUUUGUUAAUAUGCUGGGAGAAUUUCUACAGUACUUCAUGGGAACUACCAUUUGCGAAAGUGUUAACAGUGUCGCUGUGGCGUUUGUAGGAAUGUCAGAAGGCCCAAUGAUGCUUAGACCCUAUUUAAAAUACCUUACUGAUUCUGAACUACAUUCGAUGAUGUUAGCAGGAUUCGCUUCAGUUUCAGGUUCUACAUUUGCGGCUUAUAUAAGCUAUGGUGCCAGAGCCCAAGACCUGAUUACAGCAAGUAUAAUGUCAGCCCCUUCAGCUCUAUGUUUCAGCAAGUUGCUUUAUCCAGAAACUGAGGAAGUUAAAAUAAAAAAGAAAGAUGUUCAUAUGGUUUCAAUAGAAUAUUCGUCAGCUAUGGAUGCAGCAAGCAAAGGGGCUUCGGAUGCUUUUCACUUGAUUGCAGCCAUUAUUUCAGGAGUUACAGCCACGUUGGCAUUUGUUUACUUUAUUAAUGGGGUACUUACGUGGUUUGGCAUAUUAGUAGGGUUCACAGGUGAACAUGCCUGGACAUUGGAAUUAAUCGCAGGUAAAAUUUUUAUACCAGUAGCAUGGAUAAUGGGAGUUGAAUGGGAUGAAUGUGAAAAAGUCGGUCAGCUUAUCGGAAUCAAGACCAUGGUUAAUGAAUUUGUUGCAUUUUCGCGACUUAAGAGCCUUAAUUUAUCGGCAAGAAGCAGAAUUAUCGCCACAUACGCCAUAUGCGGUUUUUCAAACCCCGGAUCAAUCGGAAUCCUUAUUUCAACGAUGGCAGCUUUGGUACCUGAGAAACAAGAAAAUGUCACUAGAUUAGUGUUUAGAGCAUUUGUAGGAGGUGCGUUAGUUUGUUUUAUGACUGCCUGCAUUGCCGGACUUUUGAUGACAGAUGAAGCCAUAUCUGAUAAUUCAUCUUCUUCUAAUCGAACUUUAAACUUUUUAAGCAACUCUACGACUUUACUUUAAGUAUUAUGUAGGUUUUAAUAGUAAAUUAUGUACUUAUAUAAAUAUGACGGUAAUUUGUAAUGAGUGCAUACACUGAAGUAUUUUCUGUGUUUAGUCGGACAACCUAAAUAUGGUAUUGUAAAAUAUAAGUACCUGAAUUAAGUUAUAAUUAACCUAAUAUAAUGAGAAUGUUGAGAUUAUGUAUCUUUUAAAAGAGUUAGUAUUUACUAUAUUUCUAUCAGUUGUUAAAAUACAUGUAUUACAACCUUGGUUCACUACCUCGUUGUGCUAUUAUUUCUUAGUUAUAAUUUUUGAUAAUUGACAAUAUUUUAAUAAUCAGUAUGCAAAAGAUUUAAUUAAACCUAAUAUCUUUAAAUUUUUUAUUUUAUAUUAUAGUUUUAGAUGCAAGUAAGUAAAGUUUAAUAAACCAUAAUUUUACAAACAA